GAAUGGAGGGAGUUUACCUGUCGAGUCGAUCGUUCCGAGUGCAUAAGAGUGUAAUGCGAGAAAUUGGGUUCUCGCCGGACCGGUCCGACAAUGAUACCAUGUGGGUGCCCAUAAGAUUGCGCGAACUGCAUGACUCUCGGGUACCACCGAUUGAUAACACAAACUGCAUUCUUGAAAAAUGAGAACUUUAUUUUGAUUCUUGUAGUAAACACUAAGAAUUUACAAGGACUCAACCGGUUAAAUGGUUGUUUUUUGUGGUUGUGCAUCAAAUCAUCAGUGAACCAAAAUAAAUUAUGAUAUUUAUUAUUUAUUUUACUCAAUUUUGCGUUACUACAAUAUUUAUAUUGCAUUAAGGAUACAGUUUCCUCAAAUGUUCGGCAUGUCAAAGUGGGACGACGAUUGUCUCGGUCAUAGAGGGAAAGAAUGUAUUGCAUCUAGUAUUUGCGCGCAUCAACAACAUCCUCAUGAAGACAUUUAUAAAAGAUUAAUGACCGUGAGGCCGAUGCGUUAUGGAAUGAGGGUAGGAGCAGUAUCGCCACCCCCGCCCGGUAUAGGACCGAGAUAUCGUUCUCACCAAAGCUGCUGGCCUACAACUCCUUGCGGCGACAGUGGCUGUGACAACGUUCCCGUCUCCCGGAUCCCUCUACUCACAACACCACCUAUUAAUAGCGUAGAUAUAAUUAGUUGCGCAAAUAGAAUGAGGAUAAACGAGGAUGCUACGUCAAAUAAACUGCUGGCUCAGCAGGCGUCAGUGACAGUGCGCGACCAUGUACUUUAUACGAAUAAGUGUUUGUUAAAGACCCAAUUGAAACGGUGUGCCCUAGUGCGGCCUCAAGUUUAUACGAGAUUUGCAUCUUACGGAGAAAUUACCGAUAAGGACGAUAACACACUGGACCGUCUUCCCAGAUUCCGCUUCGGCGGAAAUCGUACUUCCGCCGCUGAUAAAAGGAAUAAUGAUCAUAGAUAUAAAGAACUAAGUGAUAGGUUAAAACGAGGGACAACCCCUGUGCCGCCUCCGAGAACAAGACAUUCAUCUAAAAUUACACCACCUUUAUCAAAUGCUCCACCGGCUGUUUUUCACGAUAAUUUAGAAAGGCACAUACCGUUACGAAGCGCAUCUUUUUCUCAAGUUGAUUAUUGUCCAGACGAUAACAAAUAUAUAAGACGUCGUCAAUCCACUACACAUCAAGAGACUGAAAUCCCCCUUAAAGAAGUAUCUACAUUACCAAGGCCGAAAAGUGUAUCACGACCGACAACUCCGACCUCAGUUAUUAAACAAGAAUUGCCAGUAUUCAAUAUAGACUGUACCUCUCAGGAUAUAGAAACUUUAAAUGUAUUAACUGAAACUCCAAGAGUUCCAGAAGUUGAAGUUACACCUGGUUCUCCUGAUAAACCUACAACGCGAUCUCAGGAAAACAACAUUCAAGACAAGAAGCGAGAUAAAUCAAGACGACGUAAAGGGAUUUACAUAUCUCAAUGGCCGAACACAUAUCAAACAACAGAAGAUGUUAUCCCACAAUUUGUCCAAGAUGGAGACUUUCCUUGUGCGGACUCUACUUCUAAGUUCAUACAAGAGUCUCUCGUUGAAAUUUCCAAACUAAGUAAUUCUGACGAAAAGAAUAAAGAAUUUCCUAUAUGGAGUAGCCCCCAAGAAGAGCCAUUGAGCCCAGAAGAAAACAAUAUACCUCCUGAGUGGCCAGCACUGCCUAGACCCAGAUUCUUAUCUCAGUCUCCAGAUGAAAAAGAAACUUUGAAGCUAACUCCACGCAGUAUUAAUCUAUUUCGAUCUGAUUCAUUAUCAGAAGGAGAACCAGACCUCUGUAAAUUAGAUCAAUUAUCACUGGUACCCUCCGACUUAUCAGAUAACGAAAGUAGACUGAGUUUAAAUACAGAUACAAGUCCUAACGUGCCUAGAAGGUAUUCAAAACGACCUUUGAGAGGACCGUAUGGUCAAAUGCUAGAAGCCGAGAUGAAGAAACCAGAAUGUAGGAAGAAUUUGAAUAAUGAGUUGAAGUUUUUAGAAGACCUAUCUUCAGUACCAUCUUCUUCUCUGAAUAAUUUAUCUAAAUCUAAACAUACUAGGACUAAGGGGUCGUGUAACAGUUCUUUGGACGAAACUAAUGUCAAAGACAAAAUAAAUAAUAAUUCCAAUUUAAAUUCACCUAAACAAGUUAAUAAAAGAAAAGUUAGUGCCGAUAAUUUAAUUGUUCCUAACGAAAUUGAUACUAAGUGUAUUGUUAAUCAUCAACGGACAACCUCUAGUCCAUCGAAACUAGAAGGCUUCUCUAAUGUGGAAGUAAGUAGUGAAUUGUUAGAACAAUUACUACGAGGAAGUUCCGAACAACUGGCUACAAACGAUGCAAAUCAACGGUUGCAAAAGGAUACACGGACACACGUGGUGGUGGAGUUAUACGACAAUGAAAAAACCUAUGUCGAGUCACUUAGGAUACUUGUUACGAAAUAUUUGGAGCCCCUCAAAGCUCCUGAGAAUGCGAAUUUAUUGGACGCAAAUCUAGUCGACGAAAUUUUUUAUCAGAUUCCUUUCUUAUAUAAUCAUCAUCAAAUUUUCUUAACUGAACUGAAAGAAAGACUGGAACAAUGGGAUGUCAAGCAAAAAAUUGGCGAUGUUUUUUUAGAAAUAUUUUCUAAACCUGUCCUCAUAGAUAGUUAUACCAACUACGUUAAUAACUGGAAGAGAGCCAGAGAAACACUGAAGAACGCUCAGCAAUCAAAGCCAGCAUUUAGUAGAUUUUUAGAGGUUACAGCGAGGCAGCACACCGGUAAAUUAGCUCUAGAUUCUCUUUUGAUAAAACCUAUACAGAAAUUUCCAAAAUAUGAACUAUUAUUACAAAGACUUAUUAAGCACACGGAUGAAAAUCAUCCAGAUCACAAUCUUCUUCUAGCAGCACAACGCCAGGUUCAUGAACAGUUGCUAAAAAUUAAUUGUACUGAAAAGGAAGCGUUAGAACUAGAACAGCUGAGGGAAAUAGAAGGACUUAUAGAUGGUUUAAUAGAGUUAGCAACUCCUGAGCGGCAGUACCUUAGACAUGAUUCAGUUACUAUGUCUCAUGGUGCGGGACCCAGGAAAGAACGAGCCUUAUUUCUUUUUAGCGACCUACUUUUAGUAACAGGGAUCAAAAGAAGAAGUGGGACGAUACGAAGACCUACUACUGGUCAGGGUAGUGUUACAAGUACACUAGAAGCAAACAAGUACAAAUUACUGAUGAAAGUACCUUUAGAAGAUAUAGAAAUUAUAAGAUCCAAAGAUGAUAAUUUAAGACAAAUUAUGAUAGAAGUUGAUAACUUAACUGAAGACAUAUCGAUAUUGAAUCAAAUAAAUGAAUUAACCUGGUCUUUACAUUAUAAUCACACACAUCUGGAUGAAGUAGUCAAAGAAAUGUUAGCCUCGUUAAACAAACAAUUGAAUGAACAACAAAAUUCCGAUUCACAAUUAUCACGUUUGGAUCUCACCAUAUCGACACCAAAUGGCCCCGAAAACGUUUCGAUAGUAUUUUCAAAGUCAGAAAAAAGGACAUCUUGGGAGGAAUCUUUGAACGAAGCUAAGUUAAAAUUAGCUACUACAAGUGAUAGACGACCUUGCCCUGAACUUCUGGCUACUGUACCCAUUAGAAAAACACGAGCAGGCUUACAGUUCACCUGUGCUGCCCCUACGUUAAGUGAUAAUAGCAAAGAUGUAUGGGUAUGUAAUAGUGAUGGACAUGUAGGACAAGUAUGUGUUCUUAGUUUAAUGCAAGAGCCGAAUGUUAUUUCAUGUAAUGGAGUAUGUAAUGCAAGAAUAUUAUGUAUAGCUUCAGUCCCUGGUGUUAAUAACGGAUCUUCACCAAAUCAUAACAAUAAAGUUGGAGAAGAACCCGAAGAACAUAAAACGAUGCAUUUCGAUAGCAGCUCAUCUAGUGAUGAAGACGAAAACUGUGAUAGUGAAAUAAACGAAGAACCCCAAAAGUUAUUAGAUACAGAAACAUGUAGUAUAGAAAAUGAAGAAACAGAUGUUCAGCAGUCUACCAUGUGGUUAGGAACUGAAGACGGGUGUAUACAUGUAUACAAUUGUAGUGAUAAUAUUAGAAUUAAAAAAAAUAAAAUUAAAAUACAACUAGGGGCUUCAAUUCUAAGCAUAAUAUAUCUGGAUAACAGAGUUUAUGUAUCAUUAGCAAAUGGAGAUAUCAUUGUCUAUGAUAGAGAUACUGCUGGAAUUUGGAAUACCACAAGCUCAACGACGUGUACAGUCGGCUCCUUAAGCGCACCGAUCACUAAAAUGGUACCCAGCAAUGGAAAAUUGUGGUGUGGUUGUGGAAGCAGUAUCAAAAUAUUUGACGUCCAGUCUUUGACAGUAGAAAAUAGUUUUACAGUUAACAAUGACAAUAACAAGUCAAUUACGUCUAUAGUUCUUAACGGAUAUGGGGUGUGGUUAUCCCUGCAAAAUUCGGCUAUACUCAAAUGUUACCAUGUGGUGACAUUUGAACUGUUGUGUGAAAUUAAUGUAGCUCCAUCUGUAACUAAAAUGCUAACAAGUUGCGAUGAUAUCAUUAGACAGCACAAAGCGGCCUGUUUGAGGGUGACAGCUUUAGUCACCUGUAAAGACUUACUAUGGAUUGGAACAUCAGCUGGCGUUUUACUGACUAUGCCCCUUCCACAUAUAUCAUCCGCAAUUACAAAACUUACUUCCGUGCCUACUGUUACCGGUGUACCACACGGGCACACAGGUCACGUGAGAUUUUUAACCUCCGUCGAAAUGGUAAUAAGCGAAUCAUCUCAUAGAAAUUCCUAUAAAACCAAACAAGAUUCCAGAUGUAACACAAAGCUAUUGGUUAUCUCUGGCGGUGAUGGAUAUGAAGAUUUUAGGACGUCGAAUAUAUCCGAAGUAGCUGGCAGAGAAGAUUCUACGAAUCAUUUGCUGUUAUGGAAUAUUUGAAGUUAUAUGUGGAGAACAAUAACAUGUAAUUUGGCAUAUCGAUACAUAGAGUUUUGUACAGGAUAUUUCUAUCAAAUAAUAGGAUUUUUCUUAAAUUGAAUUCCUACAUAAAAAUGUGUUUUUUAGAAACAUGAGAAUCUGAAUAAAAAAAUGUUCAUUAAAGUGAUAGACCAAACUUUAUAUGUACUUUAAAACAUUUAUUGAUGAUUAAAAUUAAAAUAACAAGUUUCCACAUCAUUUUGCGGUAUAUUCUAGUAUAGAUGGAACAGUCAAUGAUUUCUCCAUAGGUCAGUUUUAUGAGAUUUGUGGUAUUCGUUAACGUGGUCAUAAUUCAUUGAAAAUAAUUAAAAUUUCCACAAAUAAGCAAUGGACAUGAAUUUGGAAUGUGCAUUCUCUAUUGACAUCUGUGAAAAAGUAAUGUUGAUAAUUCAAAGAUUAUACAUGCUCAUUAUAAACAUUGUUAAUGUUAAUGUAAUAUCUAACCUAUAUCGAUUAGCACUUUUUUCCAAGUAAAUAUAACAAUUGAAUUCAGUCUUGAUGCUCAAUGACAUUUCAACUAAGCCCAACGAGGAGGUUGUCUCCAAAGCUAUUUUAUAGUAAAAAAGUAUCCUUCGAAAAUAGUGAUAGCACUAAUUACAAAUUAUAAUUUUUAUGAUUUCAAUAUAAUACGUUUUAAAAAUAAAAUGGUAUACUUCUUUUUAUGCAUUCAGAUAAAUUAUCACUGACUUCAAUAUAUUGGUUGCUUGAAUAUCAUCAAACAUUUCAAUAUCGAUGAUUGAGUAAUUUCUGAAAUUAAUUUUCCAACUAAUAUAAUAUCUUUAUCAGUCUUUACCUAGUCACUUCUUGAACACGACCAAGUUUUCUGUUUAUUGUGAUUGGUUCAUAGUAUGUAUGCAUAGUAUGCAUGCGUAUACACAACCAAUAAAAACAAAACGAUCGAUUUUGAUGUUUAUAUAUUAAAGAAAAUAUAUAGAUAAAAAUAUGUCCAAAGACGUGAAAUGGAAGUAGAAAAAACUCCCCAUCAAGUUGAAUUUGGACUAUUGUGAGGACGAAAUUAUUACUUUCAAUGCAUUUUUCCUUUCCAAUUAUUUCAAAUAGUCUUUGCACAGCUUCGAGAAAUACUAGGGAUCGUCAUCAUACUGAUAGACAAUUUUUUAUGCCGAUUAGGCGCUGAGCAGAAUGUACUACAUUUUCCUAUAAAUUUUAUAACUUUCUUUCUUCAAAAUCCCUUCAAUUUUUACCAGGUCUCCAGUCGUUCUACCUCCAGAACAUGUCCAAACCAUAACCGAGCCUCUACCGUGCUUUACAGUUGGAAUAACCCAUGUAUCUAUCAUCCAUUCUUCUUUUGACCUGCGCACAUACACACUUCUCUUAGAACCAAAAACCUGAAACUUUGACUCAUCAAUCUCUCACUCUUCAUGCUUCCAAUUUUUAUGUUCUUUAGGCCACUAUAACCUCUUAAUUUUAUUUUGGUGUCUUAAAAGACUUUUCUGCACUGCCACCUUUUCAAAAAAGCCAGCUUCUCUCUACCUCCUUGUCAAUUUAAAUGUUUCAAGUACAAAUUCCUCGAUUCAUUGAUCUGAGCUACUAUCUCUAGACCCGUGAGUUGUCGAGCACGUUUACUGAUCAAUAUACAUUUAUGUCCAGCAAUUGUGGUUUCUUAAGGCCGCCAUGAACGUUUUCUAUAGCCAAAGCUCCUCGUGGAUACAUAUUUUCUCACGUUGUAGUCCAUGGUACGUCGAGGUAUUUUUAAUUCGGCCUUGAAGUUAAGUUGAGAACAGACAAAAACAUUCAAGACGUAAUGCAAUCAGUCUUGUAGGUCAAAAAUUCAAUCUAUUGUGAUUUAUUGUUAGUAGAUAAGGUAAAUUUUAUGCAUUUAGAGGUACUAAUCACAAUAAAAAAUUACUAUUUCAUUUCAUUUGAAGUAAACGCUUUUUAUUAACUGGAGGAUAAUUGAGUUCUAUAGAUCAACUCAUCAUAUUUAAGUUGGAGUUUUUUCAACCGCUAGUGAUAUUCAAGCUGAACACACUGCUUACACUACCACUACACCAACAAUCACAAUUAUACUGUCUGACGCGCGUUUUGAUAAUCAAAUUAUGUCUUCAGAGACUGAAGGUAAACUAAAACCUAACAACUUGACUCACCCUAUUUUAUACAAAAAUUUUCUACCGAUAAAUCUUUUCCCGCGAAAAAUAAUUCGAGCGGGAAAGCCUCCUUCACAUUUAUUCCUUAACUACUAAACUAUAGAGUGGGCUCUAAGAAAUAGGCCCUUCGUCCUUAUUUAAGCUUUUCAUACAUUUAACAAUUCCAAUUCUUCCAAAUGCAUCCAACAAUUUAUUAUUGGAUACAUUUUGCAACAAUUUUACAUUAUUUAUAUUUAUUUCAUGAUCGGCAAUACUCGAUUUUUUCGGUCCGUCCAUAUUUUAACUGAGCUAUAUGCCCUUUAAACCGAACCUUAACGGUUCUCUUAAUCUACCCGAAAUACUUCUCGUGAUAAUCACUACAGUUAAUUUCAUAUAUACCACUCUUCUUCAAAUGUAUUUUAUCCUUAAAAUUACCAAAUAAUUCUUUCGAUUUUAUUAUAUGAUUGUUAUCAUUGUAUUGAAAUUAUGAAAUGUAAGAAUAGUUUAAAUAAGGACAAAGGGCCUAUCCCUUCUCUAUAAUUUAGUAGUUAAGUAAUAAAUUUGAGGAUUCCCACCAAGGAGGUUUUCCCGCUCGAAAUAUUUUUCCCAGAAGAAGGUUCAUUGUUAGAAAUUUUUAGUAUAAAAUAGGUGGAUCAAGUUAAUAGGUUUUAAUUUUUCUUCUGAAGACGAUAACUUAGUUAUCGAAACGCGCGUCAGACAGUUUAAUUGUGAGUAUUAGUGUAGUGUUAGUGUAAACAGUGUAUUCAGAACUAAUGAUAUGAUUACACAGUUGCCAACUAUAUUUCUUGUCUUUUUUGCUUAUUAAAUUGUUCUAUAUUUUUGUAUAAAUAGUUUUUGAGAUUUCGGAUCAACUUCGACUUUCAUCGUAAUACUACUCAUAAUACGCAUUCCUUUCAAAACAAUGACUUAUUCCAUCUUAGAAUUUUUCUCUAACAACACAACUUUGAACAUUGCAUCAACUUGAAUUAUAAAAUUACUGAAUACCUAUUUUUCAUGUAUUUGAUAUUAUCAAAAUAAAAGAAACAAUUGCUUCUUUAUUGUGUUUUGCUUAUAUAAUGCAUUUAAAGUUUGCAGUCUUCCAGAUAUAUAUUGAAAUAACAUUUGCUAUAAAUAUUGUGCAAUAUUUUUUAACGAUGUAGUUAUUCAAAAAAUGAAUUAUAUAUAACAUGGAACCAUUUUCAAUGGUGAUUCAUGUUUUGUAUUAAAUUGGUGGUGAAAUAUGAAGUUUAUAUUUUUGAAACAUAUCUUGUGAAUGUAUAGGAAUGUAGUGUCUAAUAUAAAUGAUGAAUUCAAAUGUCUAGAACCAAUAAUAUCGAUGUGCUUUAAUAACUGUUUUUUUAAUAUUGGAAGCUAUGGUAAUUCUGAGAGGUUGAAUUUUUAUUUAAAUAGAAAAAUCCUGUAUGUUCGCGUGAUACUUGCAUUUUUGUAAAAUGUGUGAUAGUAUUUAUAGGAUUUGUAAAUGCAUUGAGGUGGAAGUGCUAGAUUCUUUUUUCUGUCUUACAUACUUCAUUGUUCCUAAGAAAUUAUUUGUUAGGUACAACACGUUAAUAAUUGAUGAUAUAUGGGAUUUUCUUUAAAACAUUAACUGCUAUCCGUAAGUAAUGAGUAAAAAAAUUAUAACGCUUUAAAUAGUACAAGAGUAACUAAUUGAAACUAUUUAUUAUUGAUUUUCUAAAAUUUCUAUCUAAAUUCAUAUUUUGAAUUGAACUUCUUCACAGAUUGUGGUUCUCUCAAAUUUAUCACUUUUUCGCAGUGAAAAACUGUCCUAAAUUUCCCUAAUUCAGUGAAACUUCUUGUUCAAUUAUUUCUGAAAAUUAUAUAUUCAAGGCAAAGUAAUGGACAGUGGCUGACAUUUUGUUACAAGAAAUGAAGCUUGGCAUUAAUAAAAUGGACAUGCUUUGUAACAUUCUUGUAAAAGUGUGCAGAUAUUUAUGUUAAGUACAUACAUACACUUAGAAACAAUGAUAUUUUUUGUCUUAGUGUAUCAACCAGAUAAGACAAAUAAUUUAAUAAGCACAGGUUAAUAAAGUAAUAUUUGAUUGUCAGUUGCAUUGUUGUGAUGAUUAUUAUAAUUUAUACAAUGCGACAAAUUUACACAAUAUAUGAGGGCACUUAGGGAACUUUCCCCCGGCCGUUUUAACGAUGGAUGCUGUUUGUAAUAAGUGCUUAUCAAAGAAAUCGAUGGAAAAAUCGGCAGGUCCGUAAUUUCAUAAUCGCUCAACAUUCAGAAUACUUUCCAAACUGUUUUGUGUGAGACAGUCAUAGGGAAAUAGACAACCGGAAGUUUUAUCCCAAUGGAUAUCGACAAUUCUCACGUCGUCAAUGCUUUGUCAGUGAUCGUUGAUCGUUACCAUUACUUGAAAUGCUCAAGGAACCUUACUUACCGAAUUCAUGACAUUUGAAACAACAAUAAAUUCCAAAGUUUACUGUAGCAAAUAAUUUAAAACCUAAUGAAGUUUAAGUAUGUGAUUUUUCACAAUAACACGCACCAUCACACUGCUAUUACAGCAGUAGAGAUUUCACGCAAUUUCAAAUAUUUCAUUAUCUUUCCUCCAACACUUUUGAAUAUCAUCCGUUCAAUGUGAUGAAGAAGUGUCUCGGAGAUGAUGUGAAACUUCAAAAACACUGUGACACAAUUCAGUUUUUCAGAAAAUGGAAUUGGUAAUUUAGUAAAACAAGUGAAUGCACGAUGGAAACUAUGUCAAAACGUGGAGCGGUUACAAUGAAUCACUAAUGGUAUAUUAGGGACACAACCCAUAUUGAUAAUACAUUUUCGUAAAUUAAGUGAUUUAAUUCACGUAAUGAUAUUUUUGGAUCUCUCUGAACAUUUUCGAUAUACAAUUUGUUGUAAUCUCAACCACCUGAAGGUUGUUAGUUUUUCAUAAACAUAAAAGCGUUUGAUCUUCCAAAGCACUUCUGAGUUUCGAAGGUAUCAAAUGGGUCUAUGAUCUUUAAGGCAUAUAAGUGUAAUUUACUAAAAAAGUAAUAGCAACAAAUUUGCUGCAUGUUAUAUGUAGUUUCAAUAUCGACACAAAAUUGUUUAAUCCAAAAGCUCAUAUUCAUCGAAUAUACUGAAUUCUCUCAAAAUGAAUAUAUUUCUUUAUUUCAAAAAUUAUUUGAUUACAUUGUUAUGAAAGAUUACAUACGGAUUAGCUCACAUGUUCAUUAUAUCUUUGUUAAAUUAAUGAUAUACAAAUUUUGUAUUCAAAUAUAUACUUAAUAUUUGUACCAUUCUGUUCUAUACAUCGAGAAUGUUGAAAAAAAUGUUUUAUAUGAAUUUUUUAAUGCAAUUAUAAAUAAUGUACAUUUGAAAACUUUUAUUUUGUAAUGAAAUUCGUAAUAUUGCUCAAAAUCCCAAUUAAUCAAUAUAUAUAUAUAUAUAUAUAUAUAUAUCAGUCGUUUUCCUAUAUAAAAAUCGUUACAAAAUAUAUUUAUUUAUUCA